GAAUAAAGAGCCGUCUUCUUCCUUUUCGUGGCAUUCAUUCAUGUAUUAAAGUACUGCUGUUGCUUUGUUGGUGGCAUCGACAAGAAAUUUACUGCACGCAAGGCACGAGCCCCCAUCUACGCGACGCUUACAUACUCCUCAGUCCCCUGCGCCGUAUUCCGCCUAGUGGUCUGUCCGGAGGCUUGUAACCAGAAAGGCUAUCUGCGGCCCAAACAAUCGGUACGUUGCUCAUGAACCCAUUUUAUCAUACAAUGCUACGAGCAACCUACGAUCAACCCUGGCGACUGACGGAAUGGCUGUUCAGGGCUUAUGGCAGCCACAGAGUCUGCCCCCAUUGCCGAGAAGCACCUCGAGCCCAAUGAUGCCCACAACAUUCGACCCUCCACCGAAGGCUCCUCCGUCUCGGACAGGCACAAGAACGGCCGAAUAGACCCAGAUGUCGAAAAUGGUAUACCCGUGGUCGAUCCAACUGAAGACGAAAACGAAAAGACACCUCCCGCAGUGACCACUCAGCAAGAUCCCAAUGUCGUCGAUUGGGCAAGUCCAGAUGACCCUGAAAAGGCUCUCAAUUGGACUAACAAGAGGAAAUGGGCAAAUGUAGCAAUCAUAUCAGCUGUUACCUUCCUGACGCCUUUGGCCUCCUCCAUGGUUGCACCCGCCGUCCCCUUGGUCAUGGACGAAUUUCACAUCACCAACGAGACCGUCGGCAGUCUAAUUGUCUCAAUCUACCUUCUGGGCUACGUUAUCGGGCCACUGGGGCUCGCACCAUUGUCAGAGGUCUACGGUAGACUGCCACUCUAUCAUGCUUGCAAUGCCAUGUUCGUCGUCUGGUCGAUGGCUUGCGCAUUGGCUCCCAACACUGGGGCAUUACUUGUCUUUCGAAUAUUGGCCGGCAUCGCUGGUAGCUGUCCGCUUACCAUUGGUGGCGGGUCAAUUGCAGAUCUUAUUGUACAGGAGAAACGUGGUGCGGCCAUGGCGAUUUUUGCAAUGGGACCCCUCAUGGGCCCUGUGCUUGGUCCCGUUGCUGGAGGCUACCUGAGCGAGGCCGCUGGAUGGCGUUGGGUGUUCUGGGUAAUCACUAUCGCUGGCGGCGUGGCCUUAUCUUUCUCGCUUAUCUUUAUGCGCGAAACCUACGAACCUGUCCUACUGGAGCGACGGACGAAGCGACUUCGAAAGGAGACGGGCAACCCCAAUCUACGCUCCAAACUCGACCAAGGGAUCCCUAUGAAAGAAUUCUUUGUCCGCGCCAUUGUUCGUCCUGCGAAAAUGUUGUUGUUUUCACCAAUUGUCCUGCUGUUAUCGAUCUACAUGGCUAUCGUCUACGGCUACCUCUAUCUGCUCUUCACUACUCUGACCACUGUGUUCGAAGGGACAUACCACUUCAGCCAGGGCUCUGUCGGUUUGAGUUACCUUGGUAUUGGCGUUGGGUCGCUGCUCGGACUCUUCAUAUUUGGUGCUCUUUCCGAUCGCAUUGUGAAGAAGAUGUCUGCCAAAGGCGAAAUGAAAGCAGAGUACAGACUUCCACCGCUCAUCCCUGGAAGCCUACUCAUCCCGGCUGGUCUGUUCUGGUACGGCUGGUCGGCGGACAAACACAUCCAUUGGAUUAUGCCCAUCCUCGGAACAUGCCUAGUCGGUUUGGGUCUUUUGGCAACAUUCAUGUGUGUACAAACUUACCUCGUCGAUGCUUUUCACCGGUACGCAGCUUCAGCUAUUGCGGCAAAUACAGUCCUCAGAAGUCUGGUCGGCGCCUUCCUACCACUUGCAGGUCCAGCUCUUUAUGCUUCCUUGGGCCUUGGCUGGGGCAACUCUCUGCUUGCUUUCAUUGGCCUUGCGUUAUCGCCGAUGAGUUGGAUCUUCUUCAAGUAUGGCGAGCGAAUUCGAAAGAGUCCGAGAUUUCAAGUCCAAUUCUAGAUUACUAUUGCUGGGAGUUUCAUCUGGCAUCUAGCGUUGCAUCACAAUUGGUGUUGGUCGAAUGAUUGCGACUGAGCGUUCCACUGUCAUUUGUGUAUGUAGGGGGCGUCAAUAUAUAGAGGGCGUCAACGACAUUUCCUCUCGGUUGGUUCUCAUAUAAAACCAUGGCUGUACAUGGGUUCAUGAACCGCUGAAUAGCCAAGUAAAAUGUGCAUUCGAGGCGAUUCGAGGCCCAAAGUCAAGUGCACGACUUUCCUUCGAGUACCUCUUGAAGCCAAACUAUGCAGGCACUGUUCUCGCGGUCAGAUUUCGUUGUCUCUCUGGCGGCAGUCUAUCCUAAAAUGAGGGAACCUAUCAUGCCAGACCUGGCGUGGCCAGUGACAUUGCGACUAAAUUUGGCUGAACUCCGACUUCACACCGCCCAUCAUGAUUC